UGCAACUCCAAAAAUUUCAUAAGUUCCUCUUCCUUCAAGCAGAAUCAUUUCCAGACAGAUACAAGAAAUGGCAUCUUUCAACAGCUUCCAGAAAAUGCUAAUGCUGGCAUUUAACUGGAUUCUGUACAGUGCUGGUGCAGCAGAUAAAUGCCAAGUCACUGUAAGACAACCCAGAUAUCAGAAAGCUGAAUAUUCCACCCAAACAGUGUCCCUACCGUGUGAUUUCUCUGCCCCUCAAUGCUCCCUGUCCAAGCUUCAAGUUCUAUGGUUUCGUUUUUUCACUAACAAGCACGAGGAUUUGUGCACUCCUAGAUGCACAAAUGAUCAGAAGUUCAAAGUAAAAAUAUCAGAAAAUAGCACUUCACUUCAGAUCAAUGAUCUGACUGUAAAUGACAGUGCUGUUUAUUUUUGUGGAAUAGCAUUUUCAGAUUCAAGUUCACUCCAUUCUAAGCAAACAGGAGGUGGAACCAUUCUAACAAAAAGAGAGAGGCACAGCACUGAAGAAUUUAACUGCAUGAUUGUCAUCUCAACCUUACUGCUUCUAUACUGCACUGCUGUAUUCACAAUCCUUAUAGUCUACAAGUUAAAACCAAAGCUGCUAAGUAAAAGUGGAAAUGAAGACCAGAGGACAGAGAACUGCAAAAUCACUAGCGGACGAAAAAUUUUUCGAGCAAUUGCCCAAGAACUUCAAAAGCAGAGGUACGCUGAGCACUCCCGACAGCCUGAUCAUCUGGACGAUGACACUGUGUACCAGAACAGAUGAGUAUGUGCUGCAUUUCCAAUUUGUUGGACAUUUUUAGUGUAACCAAAGAAGCAGAUGAAGAAGUUAAGCUUCUUCACAGACUUACUGUGCUUUAAAAAGAAAGGAGAAAACCUUACAGGACAGUGUUCUUCAUAGCGUUUUCUAAAGAGACAAUGUUCAAUGCACUUGAUUUUGAUGACCUAUGUUACACAUUAUUUCCCAUUCAGCAUGAAUUUACAUGUAUUUCUUGUAUGCAAAUUAAAACAGUUGUGUAAGAUGUACAUUAAUCAACACCAUUAGAAAAUAAACUUGGUGAAAUUCUGUUUUCAGUCA